AUGUCUCCCAUGUGUUCUCCAGUAGUUGCUCUCUUGUUUUCCCUUUUCCUUGUUUUGUCAGCAGCAGAUGCUUUUAACAUCACUGAAAUCCUCAGCCCGUACCCAGAUUUCGCCACAUUCAACAACUAUUUGAUUCGAACUGGAGUUGCGGGUGAAAUCAACAGCGAGCAAACCGUUACUGUCCUUGUUGUUGCCGAUGAUAAGAUGUCAGCUGUUUCUGGCAAGUGGCUAGAUGCAAUUAAGAGGAUGUUGAGCGUGCAUGUGAUACUCGAUUAUUUUGAUGCAGCGAAGCUCCAACACCUGCCUGCUAAACCAAUAACCCUCACCACACUUUACCAGAAAAGUGGGCAUGCCCAAUACCUACAAGGUUUCUUGAAUGUGACUCUUGUGCGCAAUGGUUCGGUGGUUUUUGGAUCUGCUGCUCCUUGUUCUAACCCCGAUUCCAUCUUCGUUAAAACCGUUUCUUCUCAACCGUAUAGCAUUUCAGUAUUGCAAAUCAGCAAUGUUAUCAACGUUGGCUCAAAUUCAACAACCCAAUCUUCCCCUCCUGCGUCAGGACCCGCGGUUUCCCCAACUAAUCCUCCCGAUGCUUCGCCACCAAGGAAGGCCCUAGCACCAGCUCCCAGUCCCAGUCAUAAGGAGUCCCCAGCUGCAUCCCCGUCUAACCAAAGCAAUGCUGCUUCCCCAGCUGCAUCCCCGCCUAACCCAAGCAAUGCUACAGCACCCUCAGCUGAUACUCCCGCUGGAUCACCAUCUAAUCCAGUAGCAGAUGGUCCAGCUGGUUCUGAUAAUGAAAGUUCUGCCAUGUCUUUAACUUCUGGGAAUUAUCUUCUUGCCUCCAUCCCUAUGAUUUUCACUUCGGCUUGGUUCCUGCUUACCACGAUUGGCUAGAUAGGACAAGAGCAAAUUUUGGGUUCUUUUCAUAUUUGAAUUUUUGGUUUGCACUCACCUACUAUGAUGAGAUGUUCCAAUUUUUCAAAACGCUGAUAUCUUAACGCUUUUGUUUCUAGCUUUUUUGAGUUGCAAACUUAAGAAAUCUCAAUUCAUCAUUAUUCGGCUACACAAAUCUUAAUCCAGGUCAAAUUAACCAACAGCUUUCUUCACUUUAGCCUGGUGGCCAGAUGGCAAGAAAUGGACUGUCAAAUCUUGAGAACGACCACAAAACUCAAGUUUAACAAAGGAUUAGCAUAUGGAAGUGGGAUAUAAUUUUUAACAAGUUUAAGAAGAU